UGACGGGCAGGGCCGCCUCUGCCGCCGCCGCCGCUUUGUAAGAGGCACAUUGGCAGGUAACGAGCGGCGGCGGCGGCGGCGCGUCCCGAGUCCAACGAGAGCAGCAGCGAUUUUGUAUUUUGUACAUACAUUAUUUUGUAUAUUCUGUAUAUGAUGACUUCGGUGAGCAACGAUCGUUGCCGAGGUGCUCGGGAAAAACCACAGAUGCCAACAACACAUGUAGCACAGCCACAGAAACAAGUGGUGCAGGCAACAGCUGAACAGAUGCGGCUCGCACAAGUGAUCUUUGAUAAGAAUGAUUCAGAUUUUGAAGCUAAAGUUAAGCAGCUUAUGGAAGUGACAGGGAAAAAUCAGGAUGAGAGCAUAGUGGCCCUUCAUGACUGCAAUGGGGAUGUGAACAAAGCCAUCAAUGUGCUGCUGGAGGGAGACUCAGACACAACAUCAUGGGAGACUGUAGGGGGGAAGAAGAAGAAUUUUGUAAAAGAAAGCUCAGAAAACAAAGAAAACAGAGAGAAGAGAACUGAGAGAGAAACAAGUCGUGGACGGGGAAGCAGCGCCCGCAAAGGAAGAGGUGGCAGCAGAGGCAGAGAGUUCAAAGGUGAGGAGAAUGGAGUUGAUAGCAACCAAGCAGACAAGCCUUCAGAGCGAGGCAAGCGGGGCCGAGGCAGAGGAUUUGGACGUGGCAGAGGCAGAGGGGCAGGAAGGUUCUCUGCUCAAAGCAUGGGGACAUUCAACCCUGCAGACUAUUCAGAGUCCGCAUCUACAGAUAGCAAUGGGACAAAGUCGGGAGUUUGGGAAGCUGCUCAGAAUGGCACAGAUGAGGGCACUGAAGGGAUGGGAAAGCCUCACAGUAUAUCUCAGGAGCUGCCAAAUAAAAGGUCUUAUGGACUCAAAGGUGCCUGGAAAAAUUCUGUGGAAGAGUGGACAACAGAAGACUGGACUGAAGAUCUCUCUGAAACCAAGGUUUUCACUGCUUCGUCCGUUCCAGCAGAGAACCACAUCACCCCUGGGCAAAGCAUUGAUCUGGUGGCCUUGCUCCAGAAGCCUGUCCCUCCCACUCAAGCCGCAGAAGCCAACUCCUUUGAAGCAUCCCAGCAGCAGGGCUUUGGCCAAGCCCUUGUCUUCACAAAUUCUCAACAUAGCCAUCAGACGGCACAAGGGACUGGCGGCUCCACUUCUGCCAACGCUUACUCUCCUCAGAGACUGUCAUCCGUCCUGGGCUCGGGAUUUGGAGAACUGGCCCCAUCAAAGAUGGUGAAUAUCUCCAGCUCCCAGAUUUUGGACAAGUUGAAAGCACCAAGUUUGAGUGCAUUUGCUGCCACUUCAACUGCACAGCAGAACAGUACAAGUUCCCCAGCCACUACUGCUUCCUGGGACCUCAAGCCCUCAGCAUCCCAGUCCUCGGUCCUCAAUCAUUUUGACUUCAAAUCUCAGCCCGAGCCAUCCCCAGUUCUUAGCCAGUUGAGCCAGCGACAGCAACACCAGACCCCGGCAGUCAGUGUUCCUCCUCCUGGUUUGGAGUCCUUUGCUUCCCAGGCAAAACACCGAGAAUCAACACCUGGAGAUGGCUCGUCUUCUGUCAACAGACUUUUGCAGCUUCCCAACAUGGCUGUUGAAAAUAUCGUAUCUGCCCACCAACCACAGCCCAAACACAUCAAACUCCCUAAGCGCCGGAUACCUCCAGCUUCUAAGGUUCCUGCUUCAGCAGUGGAAAUGCCUGGCUCUGCAGAUGUCACAGGGUUGAAUGUUCAGUUUGGGGCCCUGGAAUUUGGGACAGAGCCAUCUCUCUCUGAUUUUGGAUCAGCAGCUUCAGCCAGUGAAAAAAACAAUCAGAUGCCUGUCAGCUUGUACCCGAAGACUUUAAGUGACCCUUUGAAUGCCUCUUUACCAAUGACCAGUGCUGUACAGAACUCCACCUACACAACUUCAGUCAUUACCUCCUCCAGUCUGACCAGCUCGUCCUUGAGCUCCACUAGUCCAGUAACAACGUCUUCCUCUUAUGACCAGAGUUCUGUACAUACAAGGAUUGCAUACCAAAGCCCUGCGAACCCCCCGGAUUCAACUCCAGGCUCUGUUGCUAAUGGACAUGGUGGUGGCCGAAGUCAGCACACAGUAGACACCCCGUCAUGCGUUCCGGCUGCAAAGACGACAGACCCCCCCGCCCUCCCGUCCGUGGGCUCCCUGCCCAGCACCAGCUGCUGCCCCGCGCUCCUGCCCUCUUCAUCCCCGCACACGGCCGCUCUGCCCUCCUUGUCCCAGUCUGGUGACCUGCCCAGCAGCCCCCUUUCUCAGCUCAGCAGUUCUCUCUCCAGCCACCAGAACAGCUUGUCCUCUGCACAUGCAGCGCGUCCCGCAAGCUCGCCCCACACACAUGCCAGUGUGGAGAGCACCCCAUCCUCAGCCACCUUCUCAACAGCUGCCACCUCUGCCCCAAAUGCCGCAUCCUCGGGGGUUGUCUUGCCUGGGAGUAGCCUGUGCCUGGGUGGGAGCACUGUGAGUGUGGCCGGCAACAGCACCAGGGCCACAGCCUUGGUGACCUCAGGCAAAGCACCCCCAAACCUGCCUCAGGGGGUGCCUCCUCUGCUACACAAUCAGUACCUCGUGGGCCCUGGAGGGCUGCUUCCUGCUUACCCGAUCUAUGGAUAUGACGAGCUCCAGAUGCUGCAGUCGCGGCUGCCGAUGGAUUACUAUGGAAUUCCCUUUGCAGCACCAACAGCCCUUGCCAGCCGAGAUGGGAGUUUAGCUAGUAAUCCGUAUUCAGGUGAUAUCACAAAGUUUGGCCGAGGAGACUCUGCAUCCCCUGCACCUCCAACGACACCAGCUCAGGCACAGCAGGGCCAAUCCCAGACCCACCACGCGGCACAGCAGCCCUUUUUGAAUCCUGCUCUGCCCCCUGGCUACAGCUACACCGGCCUCCCCUAUUACACAGGCGUGCCCAGUGCCUUCCAGUAUGGGCCCACUAUGUUUGUCCCGCCAACCUCAGCGAAGCAGCACGGUGUGACCCUCAGCACUCCCCCUUUUCAGCAGGCCAGUGGCUAUGGGCAACACACUUACAGCACUGGUUAUGAUGAUUUGAGCCAGGGGACAGCGGCAGGAGACUAUACCAAGGGUGGCUAUGGUGGAUCAUCACAGGCACCAAACAAGUCGGCUGGAUCUGGGCCUGGCAAAGGAGUAUCAGUGUCUUCAGGCACCACUGGCCUGCCAGAUAUGACUGGGUCUGUCUACAACAAGACACAGACGUUUGACAAGCAGGGAUUUCACGCAGGGACACCCCCACCUUUCAACCUGCCCUCUGCCUUGGGCUCCACUGGGCCCCUGGCCCCUGGGGCCGCCCCCGGCUACGCAGCCGCACCAUUCCUGCACAUCAUGCCUGCCCACCAGCAGCCGCACUCCCAGCUGCUGCACCACCUCCCCCAGGACACCCCGAGUGGCUCUGGUCAGCGCAGCCAGCCCAGCUCCAUGCAGCCCAAGUCUCAAGCCUCCAAACCCACCUAUGGCAACUCUCCGUACUGGACAAACUAGACCCUGAAAAAAGAGAGGGUGGGCUCUUGUGCAGGAGAAAACCAUGGAGCACAUUUCUGGGAGCCCAGUGCCCUUUCCUAGAAUUCUGAGACGUAACUGUCAGCUGAGCCUCUGUGGGAAGCCUGCUCCCAGACCCACUGUUGUAUGUAAUGUAUUUAUGUAUGUAUUUGUAAAUGUGACAGAAGCCUGGAGGCGCUGGGGUGUGGCUACCGGGUAGCAUGCAAGUGUGCUCCCCGUCUGGACACCUCACUGUAGCCGUCUGCCCCACCCCGCCCCUUCUGCUUUCGGGCCUUCCACGCGGCUCCCAGCCCAGUGGCUGCUUGGUAUGCCACUGAAGGGAUGGACGGUGGUUUGGGGACUGGGGUCAGAUACCAAUGAAGAAUCACGACUUUUCUUUAUCUCAUUGUUUUUCCCUCUGUAAUUACUUCAUACUUGUUGAGAAAUUGAUCCUUUUGUCAUUUGUCAUGGUCCCCUUUAACAAAUCUUAUCUGGGAUAGCAGAGGUGACAUGCCUGUCUGUACAGCCAGGCGCCCUGCUCUUGGUCUGGUCCUGCCCUCGGCCUUACCUGUGACCAACCAUUUAAAGAAUCUGAACUGGGUCUCAGAGAUGUUCAGCCAGUCAGCUCCCUUGUGAAGAAAUCAAAGGUUGCUUCCAUCUCAGUGAAAGCCUGUCUCCAAACAAAGGCUCCUCUAUUCCAGUUGUCCUGAACCAGGCGGGCAACUGUUUCAGGGUUCUCUCUCACCCAAACUCCACCUAAUAAAGUUCUUGAGAGCA